AUGGCUUCAUCAAAUAGACACUGGCCUAGCAUGUUUAAGUCCAAGCCUUGCAACUCUCAGCACCAAUGGCAGCACGAGAUCAAUUCUUCUCUCAUCUCUAACGGUUGCCAAAGAGCCCCCUCCUGUGCAUCAUCAGAGAGGAGUCCUGAGCCAAAACCGAGAUGGAAUCCAAGGCCGGAGCAAAUACGGAUACUGGAAGCUAUCUUCAACUCGGGAAUGGUGAACCCUCCAAGGGAUGAGAUAAGGAAAAUCAGAGCUCAAUUGCAAGAAUAUGGACAAGUUGGAGAUGCCAAUGUCUUUUAUUGGUUUCAGAACAGAAAAUCAAGAAGCAAGCACAAGCAGCGCCAUUUCCAAAGCACCACCAAGUCACAACCUCCACAAAUCCCUCACAUUACAUCUACUCCUCCCGCAACCAAAACUACUUCUCUCUCAUCAUCUUCAUCCUCUUCUGAAAGGUCUUCUCAAAAUUCAGCAGACAAAACUCUCUCACUCGGUCCCAAGAACCUUUUGGAUACAUCAAGUUCUCCAACUGCUUCAGUUAACCAGCACUUUUUCCAAUCCCACAGUGCUGAAUUCUUGCCUGUACCCUUCUUUUUCCCAGUGCAACAGCCACCCUCUGCUGCAGAGUCAACACCUCCUGCUGCUUUUAGUCAAGGGUUUUGUUUCUCUGAUGCACCGAGUCUUUCUCAUCUGGCUGAUAAUACGAUCCAAAACUCUUCUAGUCUCUUGCUCAGUGAUUUGCUGCUGAUGAACCAUGUGCCCACCAAAAAGGUUCAGGAUGAGAAGAUUAAGCUGCAGCAACAGUUAAACUACACUGCUUUAACUACACCUCCAAUUACUACUAGUCAAAGUAUUUUUUCUCCCACAAGUGUAGCUGCCGUGUCAAGCAUUGAUCACGUUCAUGGUGUUGGUGAAACGGGCUCAGCUGAUCCUACAAAAUCAACCGUUUUUAUCAACGAUGUGGCGUUUGAGGUGACGAGUGCAUUCUUUAACGUGAGAGAAGCAUUUGGAGAUGAUGCAGUGCUGGUACACUCCUCUGGUCAACCUGUUAUGACCAAUGAAUGGGGUGUCACUCUCCAGCCUCUUCAGCAUGGUGCAUUCUACUACUUGAUUCGCACGUCAACUUCCUCAUCUCAUGACACCACUAUUGAUUUGAUUUAUCCGACUCGUGGAUGUUGAAGAGAGGGGAUCAGCCAUUCGUCACUUGCCUUGUUUUUGUUGCAUCUCUAUAUCUCGCUCUCUGACUCUUCCGUAGCUAGCUAGCUAGGGCUCUCUAGUCUUUAGCUUUGAGUUUGUUGGACUUUUGUGUCAUGGAAAGUUUCA